GAGUAAAGAGUAAUCACAUCACAUGUUAUUAGGUUUUGAGCAAGUUUUGAGGUUAUCUUUGUCAAUAGUUUUGUGGAUUGUGAUGUGAUGGUUAAAUUAUUAUUUUAUGUAUAAUUUAUGAAUAAAACAUAAAAUGAAAGACGAAAGCAAUUCGCCUAAAGGCGAACCCCAGAAAGAAAUAAUUCCAUCAUUGUUAGAUGCUUUUGAUUUUCUUAAAUCAGUAAAAGAUGAUUUAAAAGUUAGUGGUGGAUUGAAAAUUAUUUCUCGUCUUCAAGAAAGUGAGAAUGAGAAGAAUUUACAAUAUACCUUAAAACGAUUGGUAAGAAGUCUGGGUGCAAAUGUACCUGAAAUGCGCAUAGGACACUUUGCCACUCUUGUGAGCAUGUUAACUAAAUUUAACCAAAUAACUGUACCUCAGUUGUUAGAUUUGGUAAAGAAAGAACUACACGCUAGUGGAUCCUCCAAAAGUGAAGUUGGAGAUGUAGCGCUAGGUCAGAUAUUGGUCUGCUGUGCAGUGUUCCGAUCUGGUCUUAUGUUAAGGAGUACUGAUGAACAACAAAAAGAAGUAAUGCAACUUCUACAAACAGCUAGUAGUAAAAAGAAUUACCUAAAUACUGUGGCAUCUCUCAUUUUGCUAGAUUUUGUUAAUCAGUUGAAUGAAGAUCAAUUUGCCACAAUUGUGUGGUCAAACAUUAAACAGGAAUAUAAAAAAGAUAUUAAGGACCACACAUUGGAUUCUCUAUAUUUUCUGCUUCUGGUCAGCACAAAAUUUCCUGAGAAAGUUAAACUCAGGAAACUUAUUGGUGUACCUGAUAUUUUACAUGAAGACCAUAUUCCUGAUAUAUGUGAAAAGUUAAUGACAGGUGUAGACUUCAAUUCUAUAAGUCAUCCCAUCUACCAGGAAAUUGGAGUACAAAUUGUUAAAUCACCACAUAUACAGUUAUUUUGGAAUAAAAUAGAUGGAUACCUUGUGAAACAUAACAGAAAUAGAGAAUUAGUAUCUUUAAAUAUACUUAACACAAUAUUACUUAACUUAGAUGAAAAUGUUGGAAUCAUACCUGAUUUAUUUAGUGACAAUUUUUUUAAAUUGUUUAUGGAUUGGUUCAAAGGCUUGCAGACUGCUAGCAAAAUCAGGAACAAGAGAACUGAUGAAGAUGAUAAUAAAAUCAUGAUAACGAAACAAAGGGCUGUGCUUUUUGCUUUAGCAAAAGCACUAAAAAAUACAGCUGUUGAAAGUAAAACCAGGGUUGCAACACUAAAAAAGUUGCUUUUUCAUCCUGGUGAAAUAAAUUUCACAGAAAUCACAGGGUCUACUGUGGUUAAAACUAUCAUAGCUGACUUAGAUGCAGAUGGAUUGAAAAAAAUGGCUAAAGUUUUAAAAAAAAUACUUUUAAAUACUUCAAAAAAAGUAGUAAAAGAAAAUGUGGAAAGAAAUUGGUAUAACAAUGAAAGAGUCAAAGCAUCUGAAAUUAUAUCUUUUAUUGUUAGUCACGAAGCUGUCAAAGAUGACACAGAUUUUAAAAUCACAUAUAUGCAACUACUGAUGUGUUUUGGAUUUUUCAAAAUUGGUGGUGAUGAUAAUGUAGCAGUUAGUAGUGAAUUAGCAGGUUCAAUAAAGAUAUGCUUUUACCGCUGCUUUACAUCUCGUUCUUCAAAUGUAGAUAAUUUGGUAGUAGUAUUAUCUUCACUUAACACAUUUAUAUCCACCAUUAUGGUAAAAGAUAAAGUAAGAGAAAAACUUGAGAAACAGUUUCCAAAAGAAAACAUGGAAUGUUGGGAAAUGCUUACAGAAGUGUGUCAAAAGCUUGAAAAAAAUGAGAGUAAAUCGAAAGUGGAAAAAGUUUUUCUCAUUUUGUUAUAUCAACUUGGCCUGUUUUUAUUUUCUGAACCUAUACAUGUUAGGAUUGCGCGAAGUUCUAUAAUAGAACUAAAAAGUUGUUAUGAACAUUAUAAAAAAAAAUCCAAGAAGAAUCAUGGAAAAGCUGAGGAUAGUAUCAUAAAUGAUGAACCAGAAUGGGUAGAAGUAAUGGUUGAAGUGUUAUUAUCCAUUCUGUCAAUUGAAUCAAGCGUACUUCGUUCAGUAGUUCAAUGUGUUUUUAGACUUCUUUGGGAAUAUUUAACCCCUUCAAGUAUUGGUCAAAUUGUGUCAGUUUUAGACCCAGAGAGUGAAUCUAACCCUCUAACAAAUGAUAGUGAAUCAGAAGGUGAAGAAGAUGAAGAUAAUACAUCAAAUGCUGCUGAGAAAGAAAGUUCUGAAGAAAACAACCUUAAUGGAGAACUAAGUGAUGAUAGUGACAGCGACACUGAGGAUGAUGAUGAGGAUCACGAUGAAGAUAUUAAGACACCAGACCAACUUCGCAUAGCAGUACAGAAAGCAUUAGGAUCAGCAGCUGCUCCAGAUACUGAUACGGAAAGUGUAGAUGCAGAUAUGCUAACUGAAGAAGAAGGUAAAAAACUUGAUGAAGCUUUAGCAGAAGCCUUUAAGCAAUUUAAUCAAGGCAAAGGUAAAAAAACUAAACGGGAUCGCAAAAAUAAAAAAGCUUUAGCAGAUUUUAGAAUAAGGGUGCUUGACCUAAUAGACAUAUACUUAGAGAAAGACCCUGCAAUGGAUAUUUGCUUAGGAAUGAUUGCCCCUUUAACAAGAUGUCUUGAAUUCUGUAUGCAAGAUAAUCAGUUUAAAGAGUUGGAAAAUAGACUAAGAAAAACUAUCAAAAAUCUCACAAAAAUCAGGAAGUUUACAUCGAUUGGUGAUGUUACUGUUAAAAUAUUAGAGGAUUACUUGGAGUCUGUUAUUGAUAAAGGUGAUAGGUCCCAUUUUAUGUACCAAGCGCUUGGAGAUAUAAUAACUUUCUUUGCUGUAUUUAUUAUUUAUUGUUCACAAAAACUGGAUGUGGCUCCUAAAUCAAAAAAGCAGAAGCAUAUAUCACCAAUUGUUGAGAGGUUCAAAAUAUAUGUUGAAAAUUAUUUCCGGAAUCGUAAUUGUUUGCUUCCUAUAAUUUUUUUCCAUAAUGUCCUGCAAACAGAAUGGGAUGGAAAGUAUAAAUUAAUACCUAUUAUAAUUAAAAACGUUUUCGACAAUACUGUUCGACAAUUUCGUCGAAAUGAAGGCCUGAAUUUAUUAAUUGGAUAUUACCAAGCAUUGAAUAGGUGUAAACCUACUUUAGAAGCUACGAUAACUGAAAUAUCUAAUGUAGAGAAGUAUUUCUAUGAUGCAUUUUCAAAAAUAUUGAGUUCUGAAAAUGAAGUAGAAAUUAAAUCCAACUUCUUGGUAACCCUCAAAAAAUUACUCAAUGUAAUCAAAGUGUUCCACGAAAAUAGUAAAAUUAAAACAGAAUUAGAUAUAGCAUCAAUGCUGGGUGCAUUGUUAUCAAUUAAGACGACUAUUAAAGUUAAAUGCAAUCAUGAAAACCCGAAGAGUACAAACGGUGUUAAAUCAAAGAAGAAAAAGAAAAACAAGCGGAAAAUACUACAGACUAAUGGUGACGGAUUAGAACCAAAUGUAAAGAAGUUGAAAAAAGAUUCUAAUAGUGAAUAAUUAUUUUCUUAAUAGUAUAAAAGCAUUUGCAACCAAUGGAAUUUAAUAAAGAUAAAUUUUUUAUAUCAUA